AUGCAUCACGGGCGCAGCACGGCAAACUUACACGCAACAGGCAACGUCUCUUUCGAAACCCUACAGCACGCCUUUGGGCCCGAUUCCCUAGGAAUCUUGGUCGUCAAAGACGUGCCCCAAGAAUUCCCGCAGUUGCGCCGCCUGGCGCUCUCCUACGCCUCGUACCUGGGAAACCUCCCUGCCGAGGAACUAGAAAAACUGGAAAACGCAAAGGCCAAGUACCUGACGGGCUGGUCGCUGGGCAAAGAAGCGCUCAAAAACGGGCAGGCGGACACCUUCAAGGGCUCGUACUACGCCAACUGCGCAUUCUACGUCGAUCCGGCCCUCGAGUGUGCCGAGCCCACUGACGAGUUCUCGCCCGAGACAUUCCCCGAGUACCUGUCUCCCAACGUGUGGCCGCCGGAAAAUGUACUACCCGGCUUCAAACCCGCCGUCACGGAGCUGUGCAGGCUCGUCAUCGACGUUGCCGCGCUGGUUGCGCGAGCGUGUGAUGGCUUCGCGGAGAGGGAGAUUGAGGGAUAUCCAAAGGGCUACCUGGAGCACGUGGUGAGCACCUCGAGCACCACCAAGGCCAGAUUGCUGCACUACUUCCCGCAGGACGUGCACGACAAUGACGGAACAGGCGAGGACGACUGGUGCGCUACGCAUCUCGACCACGGGUGUCUUACGGGGUUGACGUCGGCCAUGUUUAUUGACGAGCACAAAGUUAGUCCUGCUGUGCCUGAGCACGUUGAGCUGACUGGCGCGUCUUUGCCGCCGCUGGAGGAACUUCCGGCGUCGCCCGAUUCUUCAGCGGGGCUGUACAUCUUGUCUCGCGCGGGAGAGACGUAUCAGGUCAAGAUUCCGCGGGACUGUAUUGCUUUCCAGACUGGCGAGGCCCUGGAGCGUAUUACGGCGGGCAAGUUCAAGGCUGUGCCGCAUUAUGUCAGGGGCGUGAGGGCGGCUGUGAGCGGUGGUGCUAUUGCCAGGAAUACGCUGGCCGUGUUUACGCAACCCAACUUGGGUGAUGAGGUGGAUCUUGAGUCACAUUUGACGUUUGGCGAGUUUGCGAGAGGCGUGGUGGCGAAAAAUACUGCAUCAUAA